UCUCUGGUUCUUGCGCUUGCUCUUGCACUGCCCCACUUGCAGACUUUCGCAGUUGGGAUUUGGAAAAAUGGCAGAAUCAACCACCAGAAACAAACAGUCAAAUGGAUAAGCCAGGACAAACGGAAUAAGAGAAAUCAAAAAGAAAUAAAAAACGGAUGGGAACUGCUAAAAAUAACUGCAUCGCAAAAGACUGCGUUCAUAGCAUCCAUCAUGUCUCUGUUUUUUUUCUGACUUCUUUCAGGAUACCUGUUCUGAUCCAUGGGAUUAAAAAUGACUUAAAAUUCAAUCAACGGCCGAGGAGAGAGACAGAGGGAUGAAAAAAGAGGGGGUUUGUCCUCUGAACAGAUUCAGCAGCAUACAGCUGGGGACACUGCUCUGUUAGAGGACGUUAAGGAUCUGCAACCCGGCAUCACUGACACUUUGCACCACAAGACUAUUGGACCCCUAUAAGGAAGAUUAUUAAAAAGAAAAAAAAUCUGUUCGACUGAAAACAAGACGGAAUGAGUGACAAGCACAGACAGGCUGAAAUGAAUCGAUGAACAGAAAAGGUAGGCAGGUGGAGAGGAGUGAGAGUGAGGGAAAUGCUCAGAAAAUAAAGUGGGGAAAAAAUAGAGACAGCAGAGCGAAAAGCAGGCUGGCAACUGGAAGACCCUGACAGGAAAUGUGCUGUGUGUAAUGACCCCAGAUGAGAGGCUCUUAGCCUGGGAACAUUCCGGUAAAACAGUGAAUAAAGUUCAGCAUGGUUCACAGUCAAGCUUACAUGGAUACAAAUGUACAACUGCAGGCCUAAAAUCUAAACUCUGGUGUGUGUGUGUGUGGAUGUGGAGAGGACACACACUCCGGUCCUGAACAGAGGAUACGAUACACACUGGGACAUGGAUACGAGCUGCACCACACACAUAUACACUACACACCUACACAAAGGCCUGGAAACACAGCCAAGACUGCAGACAUGAGCUGAUCGAAGUCCUGCGACUGACACAGACAACGAAGGUCUGUGGAUUAACCCCCCUUCUACCAUGCAAGCCUCCCCACCUCCUCAUUCUGAAAAAUCAUACCCAUCCCUCAUUUUACAUCACCAUCCAAGUAAAUCACCAUCCUCCCCCCUCCCCUUUCACCCAACAUCCCAUUCUUACUCAUCCAUCCUUAAGCCUUCACACAAACUCCUAUCAUUGGAUACGCCUCUGUGUCCAAAAUACGCCUGUGGUUUCCUUGCCCAAUCCAUACCAUCCCCAAGCCCACCUCUACCCUUGCUUCACUGGCUGAUACUGGUCACAUGUGCUUGCUUGCUACCGGCCUUGAUUGGACGGAUUCCUGGUGCGCUGGCGGGAGAAACGUGGGGUGUUGUUUCUUCAUGCCCUUUUCACUGUGUAUGCCGGAACCUUUCAGAGUCUCUGAGCACACUCUGUGCAGACAAGGGCCUUCUCUUUGUUCCACCAAACAUUGACCGCAGGACUGUCGAGCUCCGUCUUGCUGACAACUUCAUCAGAGAAGUAGGUGGCACAGACUUUGUAAACAUGUCCGGACUGGUGGAUUUAACACUGUCACGAAACACCAUCAGCUACAUCAAGCCAUUGGCAUUUGCAGACCUUGAAAGUCUCCGUUCAUUGCAUUUGGAUGGUAACAGACUGACUGCACUUGGUCCGAGAGACUUAGUUGGUAUGCUGAACCUACAGCACCUCAUUUUGAACAACAACCAGCUUACCAACAUUUCUUCUGAUGCCUUCGAUGAUUUUCUCCUCACAUUGGAAGACCUCGACCUGUCUUACAAUAAUCUGCGCAAAGCACCAUGGGAAGCAAUCCAGAACAUGGCCAGCUUGCACACGCUCAAUCUCGACCACAACCUCAUUGACCAGAUAGAAGAAGGCUCUUUUGGUGAGCUCUACAAACUCGCUCGGUUAGACAUGACUUCCAAUCGCCUUCAGACUCUACCACCUGAUCCACUGUUUUCCAGGUCUCAGACAGGAGUGAUCAGCCCUACUCCCUACAACUCAGUAAUCAGUUUAAAUUUUGGAGGAAACCCUUUGCACUGUAACUGUGAGCUUCUUUGGUUGCGGAGGUUGAUUCGAAGCGAUGAUAUGGAGACUUGCGCUACUCCGAUUCACCUGGCAGGACGGUACUUUUGGUCAAUACCUGAGGAGGAAUUUACUUGUGAGCCUCCACUUAUAACGCGUCAUACACACAAACUCUGGGUCUUGGAGGGUCAAAAGGCAACACUCAAAUGCAGAGCUAUUGGAGACCCUGAACCAGUGGUGCACUGGGUCUCACCUGAUGAUCGGAUUAUUGCUAACUCUAGUCGUACCACCUCAUUCCGUAAUGGGACCCUUGAAUUCCUAGUAACUGUGGCCCGUGACGAUGGCCCUUAUACCUGUAUUGCAAUCAAUGCUGCAGGUGAGGCCACUGCUAUUAUUGACCUUAAAGUCAUUCCUCUUCCUCACCGAGGGAAUGGGACAGUUUCUUUAGCCCGUGACCCAGGGUCAUCUGAUAUUACUAGAGGAAAAGCAUCCAAUGGGCAAACCCCCAGCCAGGACACUAACACAGACCCACAUGAAGGUAGAGAAGAAGUAGAGGCAGAGGUUGGAGGGAGUGAAGGAGGGGAGGACCAGUUUGUGGAGGUACAGGGGGUGACCUCCACCUCAGCACAGGUUCGGUGGGAUAUAGGCAGACUUUCAGGUGAAUACAUGGUCUGGAUGUACCAAAUACAGUACAAUUGCACCGCAGACGAAACUCUGGUAUAUCGAAUCCUGCCAUCUACGAGCAACAGCUUCCUCCUGAAGAACUUGGUCUCUGGAGCAGACUAUAACCUGUGUGUUUUGGCCAUUUUUGAUGACACAGUCACUUCCAUGGCAGCCACAAAGGUUCUUGGAUGUGCUCAGUUCAGCACCAAGGAUAAUUACCCAGACUGCCGUUCACUGCAGGCCCACUUUCUGGGUGGGACCUUGACCAUUUUGGUGGGGGGAGUUGUUGUGGUUACGCUGCUGGUGUUUACCGUGGCGCUUAUGGUGCGUCACAGGGUCUGCAGUAAUCACAGCAAUCAUCAUGGCGCUAGUGCAGAGGUUGGAUGCUCAAGAUCCAACUCGUCAGCCCCAGAGAAAGGAGCCAAUGUUUUUUCACAGAGAAACAGCAGCAGGGAGGUAAUGAUGGUGGUCUUACCUAAUGGGCUGCCUCAAAAACAAAGAGGUGUGGGAGGAGGGGCGGAGUCGUCAUCAAAGUUAUCGCCUACUCAGAAACCCCAAACACUGCCUAAGCCCAAAGUGAAUCUGGAGCAGCUAAAGGCAGGAGUAGGGUCACAGAAGGCACUUCCACCGUAUACCCCAGAGACUGAACGAAUGCCAAUGUACUACACCCCCAAGAAGCCGUCCCCAUCUACACUGCCACGCCAGUCACGUCAGUCAGAAGCAGCACUGACGAAACUCCAUUUCACAAACAGGGAUACCGAGAAACCGGCUAGAUGCAGCCUUGUCCCAUCAUCUCAUAGCGAUCGGAGGUUCAGCACAGGAGGGUCUGUUGUCGUACGCCGAGGAGGCAGGGACAGUGGAUGUAACUCAGAGACAGCCUAUCAGAGCUCAGGCCUUAGUGCUGCACGCCACAGACGCAGCUCUUCAUUUGACAUGGGCAACAUGGCGGCCACAACCUGCUACAGUUACGCCAAGCGACUGAGUGUCAUCUGGACCAAACGGAGCCAGUCACUGCAUGGCAUGCUGGCCCAGUGUGCCUCCACGAACAGCAUCUCCACAACCAGCAGCGGCGGCAGCGGGGAUUUCCAUGUCAGGCACACGCGUAGCGCCAUCCACACCUACAAAUCCAACACCCUGCCUUCAAGCAUAGCCAGAACACAUACAGAGCAAAGUAGAGACAAAGGUAAAGAGAAAGUAAAGGCAAAAAAUAAAGGAGAAGAACUGGAGGAAAGUGUGGUGUAGACAAAAAAAAAAGAGCUACACGUUGAAGCAAGAAAUGAAAAGACCUUUAAACAAACGAGUGGGGUGACUGUGGACAGCAUAGAUGAAAGAGGGAAAUUUAAAGAGUGCAACGUGAGGGUCUGAUCUGUGGGUGUGGAAGACAGGCUGAAAAAAGGUUGAGUGGAGAGAUGAGAG